GAAAGUCUGAUUAUUGGAUUUGUUAACUUGGGCCAUGAAAGCUUUUAACCUUUCACUUGCUCUUUUUUGCAGGACCCUGAUGACCGAAACAAAAUGUCAUUAGUUAUUGAAAGCACUCGAAAUUAUGGUUACAAUCCUUCUCCCAUGAAGCUCGAAGGACUCCGCCGCCCACCUAGUAAGACUAGCAUGCGUCAGAGCCGACGGCUCAUGGCAUCCGCGCAGUCCAACCCUGAUGAUGUCCUGACACUUUCCAGCAGCACAGAAAGUGAGGGGGAAAGUGGGACCAGCCGAAAGCCCACUGCUGGUCAGACUUCAGCUACAGCGGUUGACAGUGACGAUAUCCAGACCAUCUCCUCUGGUUCUGAAGGGGAUGACUUUGAAGACAAGAGGAAUAUGUCUGGUCCAAUGAAGCGCCAAGUGGCAGUAAAGUCAACCCGAGGAUUUGCUCUUAAAUCAACCCAUGGCAUUGCCAUUAAAUCAACAAACAUGGCCUCCGUGGACAAGGGGGAAAGUGCACCUGUGCGUAAGAACACACGCCAAUUCUACGAUGGUGAGGAGUCUUGCUACAUCAUUGACGCCAAGCUUGAAGGCAACCUGGGCCGCUACCUCAAUCACAGCUGCAGCCCUAACCUGUUUGUCCAGAAUGUCUUCGUGGAUACCCAUGAUCUCCGAUUCCCCUGGGUGGCCUUCUUUGCCAGCAAGAGAAUUCGGGCUGGGACAGAACUUACUUGGGACUACAACUACGAGGUGGGCAGUGUGGAAGGCAAGGAGCUGCUGUGUUGCUGUGGGGCCAUCGAAUGCAGAGGACGUCUCCUUUAGAGACAGCUUCUUCCUAACCUUCAGAACUCUUCUCGAACUGUCCUUUCUUCAGGAACUCAGUCUUCCUGACUGUUGAACUCUGGCCCCAGGUCUCUGGUCUAGCUACUCCCCCUCAGCUCCUAGUAGAUAGAAAUAGGGGUUCUAGAUCAGAAGAUACCUUCUGGUGUGGUGCUAGCAGGCAGGCUCCCUCUCCACCUCCUAAGGCACUACACGGUGGGGAGAGGUGACCACUCUAACCUAGGCCUGACGUCCCUCCCGUCCCUUAUUUGUUCAGUUGUUCAUGCUUCUAACAGACUUUCUUCCUGGAAUGGAGGUUGUAUAUCUUCUAUUCCUGGUUUGUAUCGCUUCUUGAAAGAUGACAAAACUGAGAUUGUGAUCUGGUUUCUGCUCUCAGCCCAAUAUUCCCAGUUCAUCUUACGGUGAGUGAUCUGUUCCCCCACCCUUCGCAUGGGCUGCUGUCAAUUCUUCUAUGUUUGCUUUUUCUCUUUUGCCAUGUGAAAUUUUUAAAAGAAUGUUACAUAACUGCAAGGAAGGCAUAAGAAAGACUAUCUUAGUUUAUUUAGUUGAUCCCCCUUCUCAAUUCCUCAUAGUCUGACACUUGUUGCCAUGUUUUAUUUACUCUUUAAUAUAUUUUAAUUAAAAAAAAACCAUUAACAGUA